CUUCAGUGUUUUAAUUCUUUUCCAAGUUUCAAGCCUACUACUUCUACCAUGAAGGUUGGGAUAGCAGCUUUUAUAGCAGGAAUCCUUGGUGGGAUUGGUGUUCUACUGUUUCUCAUAUCUUUUGGAACAGAUUAUUGGCUGCUAGCUACAGAGACAUGUGGUAUCUUUGAACCUGGAAAUAACACUCUUCAGACUGAGGAGGUCGAAGUCUGGGGCGAGACCAGAAAAGAGAUCCUCACUUUUCAUCAUGAAGGUUUCUUUUGGAGAUGUUGGUUCUUUGGCAAGGAUUAUGAGGAGACCAUAUGGAACUUCUGGUUCACUAACCAACCACACCCCAAGUUCUGCAUGCACGGCUACCUGUUUCCUAUGCCCAUUGCUCUUGGACCUGUUCCACAUCCUUCCUAUGAUGCAACUGCAGUGUACAGAGGCUUCUGGACUGCAUUUAUCAUGGUAGCUGUCGCUGCCAGUCUGGUGGGAGGAUUCCUGUUGGUGUGUGGUGUGCCCUUUGUCAAUGCUAGAUUUUAUAAAGUAGGAGGCGGAUUCCUCAUCACAUCUGGAGGUUUGUUUUUCCUGCUUGUAUUUCUGUUUGUGAUAUGGAAGGAGGUUGCAGCUGAUCUCCAGAAAUACAUACUUCUAGAAAGAAGUGAAAAAUGCAUGGAGGACACCGUUGUGAAUGUGUAUUAUGGAUGGUCAUUUAUGUUUGCUGCAGCAGGGGUUCCCUUGGUUUUAAUUUCAGGACUUCUCUUUUACCUUGUUGGCCAAAGCAUUCUGAAAGCACUGGAGUAAAAAAAAAUCUGUAGAGUUAAGAUGUGUUCUGAUUAAAAUCUUUUAAUGCUGUCUGGAAAUUUGGUCGCAUCAGUUUUGGAGAUUAGACAAUUUUUGUAGUCAUAUUUUGCCAGGUUAUGUGCUUGAUCAAGAGUCACAGUUGAAUAAAGUCAAGGAAGGAACACUGCAAAAAUACAAAACCAGUCACUUAAAAAAAGAUGGUCCUGAAUCUAAACCCACGCCCCAAAUAUUUAUACUGUGUAAAAGUUCAUAUGGAUUUCCUUGAUCUGCCUCUAAUUGGAAAGACCAAUGCCUGAAUACCAAG